AUGGCUGCGCCCUUGAGAUCGUGGAUUCGUGCAGGUUGUCAAACCCUGCAGGGUUUCAAGGAUUCCCUGUCCAUGUCGCUGCUGCAGAAGAGAAAUCUGAAUGUGACACGGAUGCUGGGGACAGAAAAGGAAGCCGAAGCAGUAGAAGAGGCAGAAGCAGGCGGUGAAGCCGGUGAAGCAGAGAAAGAUUCAAGAAGAAAGGUUGUGAGUCCUGAAACAAGCAUGAAAUAUUUGGACAGUGAAGCGUUUGCGCUAGGUUACCGAGGCAAGCCUGUGUGGUUUUACUACAGGAGAAACUUUAAAGGGGGGAAGCCACCACCAACAAGAAGAACAUGCAUUAGAAAGGGGCAACUGAGCACGGCCAGCCCAUGUCCCAUCUGUAGAGAUGAGUAUCUGGUGUUAAAUUUCCAGAAUGUGAAACUGCUGGAGCAGUUUGUUUCCCCCUACACGGGUGAGGUGCUGGAUUCCAUGCUGACAGGCGUCUGCCAGAAGCAGCAUCAGCAGUUGAUCAUUGAGGUCAUGCGGGCCUGGGACGAAGGUCUCCUCGAAAAGAAACUUCCCACAAGAGUCUACGAUUAUGAAGAUUAUAAAAGCUGA